UCAGCUUUUGAACGUGGUUGGUUUGAGUUGUAGUGAUUGUGUUUGGAAGGGGAAGUAUCAUUGCUAGCCGUUAAUUCUGCUUGAUGUUUGCAUGCAAUAUGUUAGAGAGGGGAUUAGAUUGACGUGGAUGGUGUAACGCUGAAACAAAGAGAUAAUGAAGUGACAACAAAACUGGUUAUUUCAACUGGACGAAAGUAAACUUACGAGGAACCCCUGAAAUGGCAAGGAAAAAGAACAUUGAAGGCAUAGUUACCAUGGAUGAUUCAUCAUAUGAGGAACUAAGUGGCAAAUUUACAUCAGCCAGUAAAAUGGAAGAAAAACAAAUGAAAGCUAUAAAAGAAUUGGUUGAAACUGAAAAACGCUAUCUGACUUUACUACACCUGUGUGCAACAGAUAUCCGGAACCAUUUACAAUUCAAACAGGUGCCAGAUCUAGACCUGGAAGGUUUGUUCGGAGGUACUGAUGAAGUAUUACAUGUGUCCUCCAAUCUACUCAAAAAUUUGGAAGAUGCAGCCACUGGAAAAUCUGAUCAAGUCCUCUUGAUAAGUAAUGUGUUUCUCGCCUUCAAACGAGAGCUGGAAGACGCUUACAAAGAGUACUGUGCUAACUAUGAGAACAUGCUGCAACUCGAAACUAACUACAAGAAGAAUGAAAUUAUCUGGAAAGAAGUUGCAGAAACUCUAAAUGAAGUGGGUGCUCACACAGGGGCCAUAACAUUGACUUUCUUCUUGGUGACACCAGUCCAGAGGAUUGGUAAAUAUCCAUUACUUUUAAAAACUAUACUGGAAAAUACAGCACCAUCUGAUGAAGGUUACACUGCACUAGAGAAAGCUACAGUGGCGAUGCAAGAAGUAAAUUAUAAUAUCAAUGAAUACAAGAGACUAAAGGAAGUAGUAACGAAAUACAGCAGACAAGAAAAUCUUUCAUUAAGGGAUACAAUAGGCAGAAUAAACAAGCAUUCCAUUGCAAAGAAGGCAUCCAGACUCAGCCAAGUUAUUAAACAUGAAACAGGAAUCCUUCCAAAACCUUAUAAUGAAGAAAAACUGGAAACUCUUCUGAAAAAAUACAGCCCAGAAAAAAUUUAUCAAGUUACCAGUAAUGUUUCUGGAAACAAAGAACUUGACCUGACUCUUCAAAGAGGGGACCUUGUGGCACUUCUUCAGGCCACAGACACGAGAGGAAAUACAAAUAGAUGGCUUGUGGAUUCAGGAGGCCAUCGAGGAUUUGUUCCUGGCGGAAAACUGAGUCCACUUCAGCCUGGAAAACAUCUAAAUAACUUUCCACUGUCACAGUGCUCUUCUGUUGGUCACAUUGUGGAUGGAGCGAUGAGCAGAAGAAAAUCUUCUCCUUCACCUGAAAGACCUCUUUGCCUACUUCCAGAACCAAUGCAGUAUGAAGUAAGGGCAUUUCAAUUAACACGUUCAUAG